UUUCUGAAAUGCGGGUGAUUUGACAAAAAUUACUUGUUAUUGCUGUUUUAUUCAGAUUUUGAGUAUGUUUAGCACGAAGGAAUAUCUCGAUAAGAAAACCGGACCAUAUGGCAUCGGACGAUUGAGCUAUCUGCAAGCCCUAGUGAACGAAUUUCAAGAAACAAAGAGUGAAAGUGCAAAGGAAGAAGUUCUUGCUAAUCUGGCUAAUUUCUCAUACGACCCCAUCAACUAUGAUUUUCUGAGACGACUGGGAGUGAUUGACCUAUUUUUGGACAAUCUCACAGAGAACAAUACAAAACUUGUGCAGUUUGCUGCUGGAGGUAUAUGUAAUAUUUGUCUUGAUAAAGAAAACAAAGAGUAUAUCUUAAAGAAUGAUGGAGUCCACCUUCUGAAGCAGUGUUUGGUCAGUGAUGAUGAAGAUACAGUGAUGUCAGCGAUAACCUCCCUGAUGUAUCUCGUGACUCCACAAUCAAAACCUGAAAUCACAAGUCCUCCUGUAGUGGCUCACAUGACUCAGCUAUCCACAAGUCCAGAUAAGCGCAUCAGUAACCUAGCAACAGUCUUUCUUCAAGAUUAUUGUAGUGAAGAGCAAAGAACUGAAGGACGUGAAGCUAUUGGUCUCACAGGCCAUGGCUGAAAUACUACAUCAUGAAGCAGAGGUGCAUGAUAGAUCAAAACAUCAAGUAUGAGGCUCAAGUUUGACCAUAGUGACAUGCUGUAUAACAAUGCACGUUAAAAUCAUAAGAAAAUGCAACUUCGAACUGCUACUGUUGUUACCAAGAACAAUAUCCUUAUACCAGAAGAACUUGAAGGAGGUGUGAAAAUUUGCGGAGAAUGAUCAGUCCCUUAUCACUGUGUGUUGGGGCACUAGCAGACAGAGGUUUUAUUGCCUAUCUAGUAGUAAUCCUCUUCAGAUUAUCUUCCACUUCUGGUGGAUCAGACUGAAUAUUGGACUCUAAUCCUUUGCACCAAAUUUUCUCUGUGUAGGCUCAUGUUAUAAGAAAAUUUUUGGAGUUUUUGGACACCAAAUAUACAUACAUAAAGAGACCACAAAUAUACUUAUUAAAGAGACCACAAAUAAUAUUAGAUAUUAUGAUGAUUGAGUAAUUCACUUAGUCAUUUAGCUCCUCAAAUGUAUUUGCACAUAUUUAUUUCAAAUACAAUGUAUUAUUGCUUUAAUGCAUGCUCUGAUACAUGUACUACAG